GCAAAUUAUUCAGAUAACGUUCCAAUCAUCAUAAAUUCACAUUAUAUUCGCCAUUCUAUAAAGAAAUAUUUAUCGAACCAAUUCUAAAUUAUGAAGAAAACGCAAAGAGAAUCACUGAAUGUCAAUGUCAAACGAACCAAAACAAAAAUUCGAAGUGGUGAAAUGUUACCUCUAAUGAUAUCAUAUCUCUCUUUAAAUAAUCGAGAAGGAAGGAAAACUUAUUUUUAUCAGAAAAUCCCGAUAAAUCUUUGAACAAUAUUACACCUUGAAUAGGAAAAGCUGAAUUUACAACCUUCUUGUAGUUGGUUGACAAUCUUCAAAAACUUCUAGAGUUUUCAACUUGGUUUUGAUUAAUUUUAAAUUCUAAUACAGUGUGAAAUGCCUCCAAAUAGAAUCGUAUUAUUAGCUUGUGGAUCUUUCAAUCCACCUACAAAUAUGCACUUGAGGAUGUUUGAAAUCGCAAGAGAUCAUCUUCACCGAAUGGGCACACAUACAGUUGUCGGAGGCUUCAUUUCACCAGUUCAUGAUGCCUACGCUAAAAACGAUCUAGAAUCCGCUACCCACAGAAAAGAAAUGGUCAGGCUCGCUCUGAGAAGUAGCGACUGGAUCAAACUAUCCGAAUGGGAGUGCAACAAGGAAAGCUGGAGCCGAACCAGGGAUGUUCUGGAUUACCAUCAGAACCACGUCAAUGAAAUCCUUCAAGUAUCCAUGAACGAUAACAGUAAUUUCGAUGAAGAGUAUAAUUGGUCGCACGAUAAUGUAAGGAAUGGCUUUUUGGACACUGUGGGUGUUAAACUGCUAUGUGGAGCAGAUUUAUUGGAAUCCUUUGGUACGCCUGGACUAUGGUCGGAUGCUGAUAUUGAAGAGAUAGUAGGUAAAUAUGGCUUGGUUGUCAUAACCAGAAGCAAGACGAAUCCGCUAGAAUUCAUUUACAAUUCAGAUGUACUGACUAGAUAUAUGGCCAACAUCUCAAUUGUAACGGAAUGGAUCGGUAAUGAAGUGAGUUCAACCAAAGUUAGGAGAGCUAUCAGACGAAACGAGUCGGUCAAGUACUUAAUACCAGAUCCAGUCAUCGAUUACAUUCAGAAGAAGGGCCUUUAUGGGUGCAAGAAUAUUAAGUACAACACAAACAUAAUCUUAAACAUGAACUCGGAAACCAGGCAGAUGAACGUGGUUUUGGCUUCACCGUCGACAAUCUCUAACUGCAUGAACAUAUGCAACAAUAACCUCUUCAACAGGCUUCAGUCUCAUGGCGAUUACUCUGAUAUGAAUACGGAGGACGUAUCGAAAAAAAAUCAAACUACCACUCUUUCUCUAGCUAACUUCAAGCAUCCCGGACAGGCUGUUAAAGUGAAGACUGAACGAAGAGCCGUUAGAAAGAUUAAUUUAGAUAAGACAUCUGUAGCUCCUGCAUGUCCCCUUUAAUUCAACUUCAUACAUGUAUGCGCUUGCCAUAUACUACCCCUUUUAGUGUGCAAGAAAUUUUCCAUCAAGAUCUUUUUGCCAAAGAUGUACUUAGUAUUUAUUUUUUUGCCAUCACACUUCGAGAAUUAUUUUUCAGUUUACAAUUAGAUAGUUUUUUUUUUUGUUAUUAAUCUUUAGUCUAUAUAAGGUUCGUUUGAAAUUUAUAUAUUUAUGAAGAAAUUGUUAUAUUUUUCUACUGUUCACUUAUAUUUCACAUUUUGUUCGUUUGUUAAGGUUGUAACGUAAGUAAAUAUAUUGAUACUUAUGAAUA